GACACCGACCAGCCUGCAGGUGCAGCUUCUUACCGCCCCAAGGCCUCAGGGGCCCACAGGAGCUAUGGGGACCCUCAGGGAUCGACGCGGAGCGUUCCAUAGUAAUUUUGGCUCCAGGGAUUUGGGUCUCAGGACCUUGGGCCCAAGCCCCGCGGACACCCGCGUCUUGGUAUCGUACAUCUAUACUGUCGCCGCUGCACCGCAUGGCGCGGCUGCCGCGCGCACCGCUACGACUGCUGGCGGCGGCGGCGGCGGCAUUCUUAGCCGCCUCCUGCGAAGCGCUGGCGGCCGCGCCGUCGGGGCGCUCGGCGCAGGCGUCGGCGGGCGCUGCUCCAGUGGCGAUCCUGGUAUCCGGCAUGCUGGACCGGCUGCUCGUGACCCCGCUGCUGGAGAACCUCGUGCGCGCCAACGUUGACGCAGGCACCCCGGUGGACAUCUUCUUUGGGAUGAAGCCGCAGAUGGACGGGCAGAAUUUCGCGUCCAACAAGGGGGACAGCAAGUGGCUGGUGGGGGAGGCUGCGUCGCAGAAGUACGUGAGGGACCCGAGGAUGACCAGACUGCGCGCCACGAACGUUUCCAACAGGGAGCUCUUCAGGCGGCUCUGCGAGUGGUCCCUCGAGGCGGGCGCGGGCAGGUGUGUGACGGAGGAGGAGACGGAAACGCCGCUCGAGCUGCCCGACGACCAAGCGCACCAGAGCAUCAUGUCCUACUACAGUCCAAUCUCGACGGAAACGGGCCAGAACGUCCUCAGAAGGUGGCGUACCAUCGAGGGGCUCCUGAGCAAGGCGAAGGAGGCGGAGCUGGCACACGGCUUCCGGUACAACUCGGUGCUGAUCGUGCGCGACGACAAUUAUUGGUUGACCCCGUACAUAUUCGACACGAUGGAGUUCGAGGCUCGCCCCUCCACACUGAGGUCUACCUCCUGCUUGGAAGCGCAUGGCAUCAACGACAAGGUUAUCCACCUGGGUCGGGACGCCGUUGAUCGGGUUGGGGCCGUCUACCAAGCUUGGAAGCAGGUGCCCCACGACGCGCUCAGGGACAGCCGUAACGCCGAGGAGUUCUUGUUUAAGCUGGCGAUGUUGGAGGGCGUCGGGAUCAGGCCGACCGGCUUCAGGUACGCCCUUGGGACCAUGACGGAGAGCGGGAUCCCCUGCUACCGCAAGCAGUCUUACAACCUAGCCGACAAGGGCGGCUACCACAAGUGCCACGACGAGGCCACCGAGGACGGUCCUGUCACGAAGCUGUUCAGGGCCUUCAGCUGCGACACCAUGAACCCAGUCUUUUUCGAUGCGCUGAGCAGCGACGAGGUUGCCGUGCUCAGGGAUACUAUCCUCGAGGCGUCAGGGAGGACCCAGAACGUUUCUGUCGUGCUCACCAUCGCCGACCUCGCCAGCAUCGACGAGGCCGUCAUGACGUUGGCCAGCUUGUUGUCGGCCGACCCGUCCGCGAGGGCCGUCGUGGUGACCCGCCCGCAGGGCUGCGAGAGGAUCAGGCGCGCGGCCAGCAAUUCCGCGUGCGUUGAGUUGCCUCGGGUACUCGACGACCAGAGGGUCAAGGUCGCUUUGCUCACUACGGCCGUUUUCAGCGGUGCGGCUGGCGGCAUUCUCUUCGCGGAGCCCGGGGUCGAGUUCCAGAAGGACCCUAUAGCAGCGUUCACAGGGGUCAGUGGUGGUCACGAUGUCGUCUUCGCCCCGAGGCAGUCCGCGCAGUGUGAUGCGAAGGCCCCCGGCGCCGACGCCACCGGCAGCCUGUUCUACGUGAAGAGCACACCCGGAGGGUCGCACGCGCUCAUGCGGGCGUGGAUGUUCCUGGCCGAGGGGAAGCUGCCGGGAGGCUACUACGCGGGCGAGCGGGUCGUCUCGGGCACCAGCUCCGCGCGGCCAGGCCUGCCUCUGAGCGCGGGCGCUGCCGGCGCCGUGCGGGGCCGCUCGCGGAAGGACCCGGCGCGGGUCGUCGUCGACUUCGACGGCUGGGCCCCGGGGUCCGGCCUCGCGCUGCUGCCGGCGCAGCUCUCGCCGAGCCGCUCCGGGCCGCUGCUCGCGCGCGCCGUGGCGGCCUCCACGGGCGUGCGGGGGGCGGCGACGGCGUGCGGCCGGGCGGGCUGGGCGCGGCUGCCCGAGGAGGAGUGAGGCCUGCGGACG